AUGGUUCACCCCGCUUCCACCUGCUGCAAGAGCCUCCAGGGCGGAGACUGUGUCUGUGCUUCCCAGGCUACAUGCUCCUGUGGCAAGGAGAAUGCCCUUCACUGCUCGUGCAACAAGGCCGCUACUGAAAACGCCGUUUCCGGUGCCAGAUGCUCAUGCAGAUCUCGCCCAGCUGGAGAGUGCACAUGUGAGAGAGCUACAACCGAGAACGAACCCGUAACGGGUGCAACCUGCCCGUGCGGCAAGAGAUCUUCUCAAUCGUGCACAUGCGAGAAGCUCGGCGAAGACUCGCUGGAGACCGAUUUCACCACUCGUGCUUAA